GCGUCCUUCCAGACCCAGCCGGAGACGCCGGCCAGCAUGGAGGAAGGGGUCCCUCGCGUGCCAGAAAGGCAGGCGUUGGAGCACCGCGACUUCCUCGGACUGGAUUAUCCUUCCUUGUACAUGUGCAAACCCAAGAGAGGCAUGAAGAGAGAGGACAGCAAGGAAACCUACAAACUGCCACACAGGUUGAUAGAAAAGAAGAGGCGAGAUCGGAUUAAUGAAUGCAUCGCUCAGCUGAAAGACCUAUUACCGGAGCAUCUGAAAUUGACAACUCUGGGGCAUCUGGAGAAAGCGGUUGUCUUGGAAUUGACUUUAAAACACUUAAAAGCUUUAUCGGCCUUAACAGAGCAGCAGCAUCAGAAGAUAAUUGCUUUACAGAAUGGAGAACGGUCUCUGAAAUCUCCCCUGCAAUCUGACCUGGAUGCUUUCCAUUCAGGGUUCCAGACAUGCACCAAAGAAGUCUUGCAAUACCUCUCCAGGUUCGAAAGCUGGACUCCCCGAGAGCAGCGCUGCGCCCAGCUCAUCAGCCACCUGCACGCAGUUUGCACCCGGUUCCUCCCCAGCCCCCAGCUGCUGACCCCCAAGGCUUGUGGCAGCAAGGGACCCACGUGCUCCACCUCCUCUGCCUCCCCCGGGCAGCAAGAGCAGGCUGGCCCUAAGCUGGAGAGCCAGCCAAACUGCGUGCCUGUCAUCCAGCGGACUCAUAACGGCAGCAGCAACGUCCCUCACCACAGCGGCGGGGAACUGGGGGAGAACGACACGGACACGGACAGCGGCUAUGGCGGGGAGGGCGAGGUCAGGCCGGAGGGCGAGAAGAGCCAGAGCCAUGUGGUGGUCAAGCAGGAACCCUCAGUGGACGAUGCAGCCCCUGUGGCCAAGAGGCUGAAGCUGGACCACCACAGCAGCCCUCCUGCCGCUAUGCCAAGCCCUGAACAAGCAGUGGCUGCCCUCCUGAGGCCUGACCCAACCCUGCUGAGCUCCCUGAUGUCCUUGGGCGCUCUGGGGGCAGGGGGAGGCAGGAGUGGCGGAGGGCCCUUUGGCCAGCAACCGGCCACUCCCUUCUGCCUGCCUUUCUACUUCAUCUCCCCCUCGGCAGCGGCCGCCUACAUGCAGCCCUUCCUGGACAAAAGCAACCUGGAGAAAUAUCUCUACCCAGCCUCCGCUGCUCCCAUUCCUUUGAUCUACCCAGGAAUUCCAGCUCAGGCUGCAGUGGCUGCUGCCGCAGCUGCGGCGGCCACCUUCCCCUGCCUCUCUUCGGUAUUGGCACCAGCAGAGAAAGCCGGCUCUUCCUCCUCCUCAACUCUCCUGUCCCCUGAAGUGGCUUCUCCUGCCCAGCACCUUCCCCAUCCAUUUGUCUGCAGCCUUGGGGCCCUUGGCGUGGACGCGGAUCUCCCCUCCCAAGAGCAGCCUUUGCCGCCUGGAAAGGAAAACCCCUGA